UUGUAGUGUAAUAUUUGAACCGUGAUAUGAUCAAAAUUCUAUUCGUACUCGUGGCUUUCAUAAGCCCUCACUUUAUUUGUAGCGGCGAGCAAAGCGGACUCGUAAACUUUUGGUAUACUUGUGAUUUCCAAAUGGAAUCCGAUAUGAAUGACAUGAGUGAGGAAUGCCGUAAAAUAUAUAGCCAAAAAGCGGGCCAGAGCGAUGUCUACGAGCUGUAUAAAACCGAAGCUGAAAUGUUUUACAAAUUCCGAAAUAAAUUGGUGGAAUGCGAAAGCAAUGGCAAAACAUGUGCUUUGAGUGAUGGUCAAAGUGAAAUGGAAAUGCCGCUGCUAAUCGGCUAUAAUAUCAACAAACGUAUGCGUUUAUACAAAGAAGCCGAAAUAAAUCAGUGUUAUGUAGAGACCACCAAUAAUAUUGACUUCAUAAAAUGUAUUAUCGAAGCUCGCAAGAAACUAUUGGCCGCCUUAAAUCAAAAUUGUUCGAGCAUGUGAGUGAUAUUAUUUGUAUAUUUAUGUAAAAUAUGACUGAUAAUAAAUAAUUUAAAUAAUUCUGA